UCUGUAACAGUAUUAGCGGCUUUGUUAAUCGAUUCGGCUUCAGCUCGGAAGUUGCUUGAGUAUUUCCCUGUUCACCAGUUGCAAGAUGAAGGGAAUUUUCGUCCUAGUCCUUGUGUGGGGGACUUCCUUCUCACUUGGUAAGAAAAUCCUCCUUCUCCCGCUAGUGACCAGGAGCCACGUUCUACAGUUGAGUUCAGUCGGAGAUGGGCUUCUGAAGAAGGGCCACGAAGUCCACAUAGUGGUCCACUCAGGUCUGAAGGUCCCCAGUAAUAUCCUAAAGUCGGGCAUGAAAAUCAUACGAUACAAAACUAGUGAUGAAGAAUUAAAAAUGGACACUGUUGAGUUCCAAAAGAGCCUGGCUGAAGAAGGGGUGACUCCCGUAAAAUUCCGCAAUAUGUUGAAGAUCAUGUGGACAGAUAGUGAAAACAUGGCUGACAACCCCGACCUAAUUGAAAAGUUGAGAAAAGAGAAGUUCGACUUUGCAGUUGUGGAUAGCCCAGGUGGGUGUAUGUCCUGCCUUUACACGAUUCCAUAUAGACUGGGAAUAGAGCAUGCAUCCAUAAGUCCAGUUAUGCCGUUCAAGACCUUGGCGAUGUCACUACAAGUUCCGUUUUUGAAUCCCUCACAGUUAGACCCAACAUUUUCUAUGGUUUCCACCUUCUGGCAGCGUCUUAAAUCGUUCUUGUAUUUCAACAUGAUAUCAGCGGUAUCGACGUGGACAUUUGAUGAGAGGAGAUUGAAAGCUACUUGUGAAACCCCGUUUGAGUCGCUCCAUGAUUUGAUGAUGAAGACACACCUUUGGCUGAUCGACCUCGACCCUUUGGUGGACGUGCCAAAACACCUGGCCCCAAAUAUGGUCAACGUUGGCGGCAUUGUAACAAGCCCACCGCUUCCAUUAGAAGAAGAGUUUAAAGUUUUUGCUGACAGUGCCACUGAGGGGUUGGUGGUCAUCACAUUCGGAGGAAGCAUCGGCUUCCUUCCCGUUGAAUAUGUCAACAGGAUCGUUCAGGCCGUCGAGAAGGUCAAGUACAAGGUCGUAUUCAGGCAAUUGACAAAACCAACGGUAAAAGUGCCUGCAAAUUUAAAGAUUGUUGACUGGGUGCCUCAGAAUGACUUAUUGGCUCACCCGAACACCAAAGUCUUUGUCACUCAUUGCGGCAGCAACGGCCAGCACGAGGCAGUGUAUCACGGAGUCCCAAUGCUGGGGCUUCCGUUAUGCACUGACCAAAUCUACAAUGCUGCAAAACUCACCGCCAAAGGCCUAGGGAGAUAUCUGACACUCGCAACUGUCACCCCAGAGGAGCUAGCAGCCGCCAUUGAAGACGUCGCAACCAAUCCAAGGUACCGCGCCAACAUCCAGAAGGCUUCCACGAUCUUCAAGUCCCGUCCAAUGGCACCUCGAGAGAGGGCAGCGUACUGGAUCGAACACGUUAUGGAACACGGCUCGGAUCAUCUUCAGGCUUACACGAAUCAGUUGGCCUGGUACCAGAUUCUCCUGCUGGAUGUUAUGGCUUUCAUACUCGUGGUCGUGUUGUUAGUUUGUUUCAUCAUUUACAAGUGUGUGAGGUUUAUAUGCAGAAGAUGCACUAGUACAUCACGGAAGGAAAAGAAUGGAUGAUUCGUCUCCCAACCUUCGGGGAGGUGCACAGGAAGUACGUUCUUGUCACAGGUUGUGAUGGAGGUUUCGGGCGCCAUCUUGCCCAUCGGUUGGACAGUAUUGGGUUUCGCGUUUUUGCCGGCGUGGCGACGGAGGAAGGAGAGGAACUAGUCCAGCAGGGGGCGUCUGUUCGGAUUAGACCGGUGCACCUCGAUGUGAGGGACCCUGAAAGUGUCAAGGCAGCUUUAAGAUAUGUCAGGGCGCAUUUGGCUGCAGAUGGUCUGUGGGGCGUUGUUAACUGCGCAGAAGCAGUAGGCCCCGGUGGAUAUUCAGAAUGGCUGGACCGGAAAGACUAUCAGGAAUGCUGGGAUACCAAUGUCCUUGGCCUGACUGACGUCAUCACUACAUUUCUCCCCAUGGUUAAGAAGGUCAAAGGUCGUAUAAUCAACACAUCCAGUGUUGCGGGAAGACUAGGGUUCACCAGUGGUGCCCCCUACAGCAUGGCAAUGCAUGCAGUUGAGGCAUUUUCGGAUAGCCUAAGGAAACAGUUGAAACCAUUUGGCGUCAAAGUCAUCAUCAUCGAGCCUGGCCUCCACAAGAUGAACCUGCUUGGGAAAGAAAGGCGGAAUCUUUGGCAGACCUUCCGGUCCGCUCCGGAAGAAAUCCAGAAGGAGUACGGUGAAGAGUUCGUAAGAAAAUUGCUGCGUUCUGACGUUGACGAGACGCUGGAUAUGCUAAUCAGCUCCGACAUCGAGGCUGUGAUGGACGGCUUUGAGCAUGCGCUGACAUCCCUCUUUCCGAAGAAGAGGUACAGCGUAGGGAGACAGGCAAAGUACGCCUUCAUCCCGAUUAGUUACCUUCCGAGCAGUGUCCAGGACUUCCUGUUGUCACUGAGGAGACCUCAGCCAGAUAUCGUCAAGAGAAGGUUAGAAGAAGCAAAAAAGGUCGCUGAAACUCCUGAAACAACAAAUAUUGGAGAGAGUGAAGGAAACGAUGCUCCUGAUAAUGUAUCAGACUCCAUGACGACGGGGGAUGAGAAAGUGAGUGAGCCAAUCUCCAAGGAAAACGCCGACAUGACGGCCUCGCCGGUCAGGGUCAAUUCCACAAAGUCUCCAACGGAUUCAAACGUUCCUCUUGGAGCCAUAGCUACUAGAAAUGAAACCAUGACAACCGGCGCCACCAUAGCAACCGGUGAGGAAACCAUGGCAGCGAAGGUAGACUGUACCAAGACCAGAGACGUGGAUAUUGACGGUGUUGAAGAAAAGGCGGUCUCGGGAUCGUCAUAGCCUAAUAGACUAAAAUUCAGUUAAUAGAAGAAGUUUGACAAUUAAUCAUGAGAGUUACCAUAGAACGGUACCCAAUCGUCUCAUAAAAUGGAAGCACGCCGGACGUAUAAAACUGUUUCAAUGUUUUUACCACGUCACAGAGCCUUUCUCCAUUUUCGUGACCUCUGGUGAUGCACCUGUUUCACAGAAUCGUUACUAUGGAACCUUCUCCUUAUCCAACGGGCAAUCUGUAAUGACAAGAAAUGAAACGAAAAUGGAAUCUUGUUUGACCAAGACUAAUUCGUUCUAACUGAACCGUUGGAACUAAUUCCGCCGCAGGGCCUGGAAUCAAUUGUAUUAGUGUUCAUCUCGCCUUGAGGUUCGAAUAUGAGAAUGACUCGAAUGAUAUGGGUCGAGGUUAGCUAGUCAAUCUGCUUGAAUCUGUGCCUGGGCUGGAUUGCGGAAAGGCUCACAGUCAAUUACAAAGUCUUCCAAGCAUUGCGGCGGAAGAAGUUCACUUGGCAGGUGUGAUUUUUUUGGCGAAGCAUUGGCUUUGUAUAUAUGCCUGGCAUGUGUUCGAGUACGAGGAGAUGUCAAAUAAAGCAAGCAAGAAGACAAGGCUUAGCACGGUUCACUGACUUACCUUUGAAAGGAAUCCUGAUGUCAAAUUACGUAGGAAAGCGGUCACCAAUGAGAACCAUCCUUUGGCUUGGUCACAUGACGUGUCCUCAACCAAUCCGUGCGUGCAAAGGCGAUAGUUAUCCGAAUUCUGUCUACCCAGUUUCAUGGAAGAUUAGAAUCGCCCAACAAAUAGGUCAUUGCUUUAAAUGUGCUUCAGAGCUUCAGAUAAUUGGUCUGGUCAGGAAAAAAUGCGCUCAUACAGUCCAGAAAUAUGCAAAUUUGGUACAAACACACCAUCAGUAUUGUUUGUUACACAGUUAUAUACACGUGACUAUAUAUCAGGAAAGGAUCUUCUAUAUCUCAACGUCUCUCAGAGAAUGAUUUUACAGGAACUAACAGCUGCACUACAAGGCAUGCUGGUAUAUUGGAAUAUUAUUCACUUGAUUCAACGGUUGGGGGUGGUAUUGAUCUGGUCGUGGCGCAUAGGUCGUUCGAGUGUGAACUAGCUCGGGCCGAGUCGUGUGGGUGCAACGGCUAUUUAGGGUACGUGUCGGUAGACCGGCGCUGGCCCGCCCGCCCCAUGUGGAGCGUAGUGGAUCGAACAUAUUUUAAUUGGCUAAGGCGUCGGCUGAAUAUGCGAUUCGAAGCAAUCUCGCAUGGCUUUAGCAUUGUUUGGUAGCACUGCGGCAGGAAAAUAAAAAAACACUGCCGCAUGCGCUGUAGCAAGCGCACCUACACAAUGCAAAAAUCGUAUGCGUCGUAAAUUAUGAGGAAGUUUUCGCAAAGCCCCAAAACGCCAACGCGAACGCCUAAUCGUGAUAAGCAGGUCUAACAAUGGGAUAUGCGUUCGCGUUGGCUUUUUGGGGGCUUUGGAAAAACUCCCUAUUUCUUCUGGCGAAAUCGUUUCCGUGUAAUAUCACCCCUUAUCAGAAAUACAUCUCAGUGCUAA